CUAGACUACUACGGCUCGCUGCCCGUCGGCCGGGAUGUCAACAUUACAGAAACACUGAAGCUGACGUCCAGAGACUUCCCCAGCGUCAGGACUUCGGACGCCAGAGAUCUUCGGACACUUCUGGGAGUGAUCAGACGACGAUACGGCAAUGUUUCCGUCAGUGUCACUGGCAAUGGCGCGUGGGACUCCAGUGGGGACGUCGCCGACAGUUUUAGAUCCAGCUUUAUAACAAGUCACCUGGACGAGGUUCUCAAAGGUAUCAUGGCGUAUAGUAUUUUAGAUAAUUUAUUUCUGAAUUAAAUUUCCUUAAGCUGAAACUGGAUAAUAAAUUUAUUCUUGAAAUUGAUAGAUCUUAUGAACAACAAAUAAAAAAAUUUUUUUUUAAAAAUUGGAGUUAAAGGAACAUAACAAUAUACAUUUCAGCUGUUCGAAUAGACGGAAGUAACGUCAAGGCUUACACGUAUCGUUCCCUGGCCGAUGGCUUUGAAUGGAGUUUAGGCUAUCAGGUCAAGUUCGGUCUCGUCAAGGUCAACUUUACGGAACCAGGCCAGCCCAGAAGCUUGAGGAAUUCUGCUCACGUUUUCCGUAAAAUAGCUCUAGACAAUGGCAUUCUCAGGGACACUGUCAAAUAA